GUUGAACACAAAUUAUCGAUUGUCGUGACUGAUUUCACCAAUAGAGAACUGGCACGAGUCCGACACGGUUUAUACUUGGAGCAAAUAUGAAGCUAUUCACUUCUACAAUCCUGCUCCUCGCGCUAGCAUCGAACGCACUUGCAGCAUCCAAUGCUCCAGAAAUAGAACAUGGUUCGUGUUUCGAUUUCUCAUUCCCUUGGUGGACGUGCUAAUAAUCCAGCAUUAGGUCUUGAAAAGGUCACAUGCGGUAGCAUCAUCAAACUCACGAAUGUCGACACUGGAUACAAGCUACACUCUCAUACAGUAGCGUAUGCAUCCGGAUCAGGACAACAAUCGGUUACUGCCCUUUCGUCAUCCGUAGACGCGAAUAGUUUUUGGAAAGUUCAAGCCUCGUAUGGUCGAGGCUGCUUGAGAGGUGAACCUAUACCUUGUGGAGCAACGAUUCGUCUACACCACGUUGGCACCAAGGGAUAUUUACAUUCGCAUAAUCAUCACUCUCCAUUAUCUCACCAACAAGAAGUCAGUUGUUUCGAUAAAGAAGAUACUGGUGACGACUGGCGUUUGGUGUGCACCGGCAAGAGUAAAGAAUGGAUGCGAGAAGAAAGCGUACGAUUGGUGCAUGUAGAGACCAAGAAGUACCUGAGUACAAGUCCUAGAUUCACUUUUGCUGCGCCGAUUUCAGGGCAAUUAGAAGUUUCAUGUGGCGGAAAGGAUGGCUCGACCACGCUAUGGGCUGCUCAGGAAGGAGUCUAUUUUGCUUGAUUAGAAAAAAAAAUAAACGUUAUAAAAAGGAAUUCGUCCCUUGACGUCUUUAAAUGACUAUGGUUACAAGAAUGAGAGGAUUGAGAUUUUUGAUGUGGAGCUAAUACGUCUAAACGAUGACUUGGGUGUCACCAAAAGCCACUGGUUUAUAUUCUGCUUCACU